AGCUUGUCUCUGUUUCCGGAGGGACUGUGUUUCCGUGAGCACGCGCUGACGGAGUUUUUCUGUUCGUUGUUUCGGCGUCGCUCUUUUUAUUUUAUAAGUGAAAAACAAAGCUCGCCACACACGCACUCGGAGUCACAAAAGGGAAUCUUACUGACCAGGAGCCCUAGCGGUGCUGGAGAUUCAUGUUUGCUUUCGUCGUUCUUUCUGGAUGAUGGUUUCUUUCCUGUGUGUUGCUGUACCCUGAGGGUCCGACCCUCCUCGUCCUCUCCCUCUCUCUCCGCUGGACCCUAUGGAGGAGUAGCUCUUGAGUGACAGGCACAAGAACCAAUCGAACGGCAGGAGGAGAGUCAGACUGCAGAGAGGAUGUCGUCUAACCGGACCCAGACCCCUCACGGUCUGAAGCAGAUCGGGCUGGACCAGAUCUGGGAUGAUCUGCGUGCGGGGAUACAGCAGGUGUACACCCGCCAAAGCAUGGCCAAGUCACGCUAUAUGGAGCUCUACACUCAUGUGUAUAAUUAUUGCACUAGUGUGCAUCAGUCGAAUCAGGUCCGCGGUGGAGGCCCCGCCCCGUCCAAACCUUCAAAGAAAACCCCUACACCGGGAGGAGCUCAGUUUGUGGGGCUGGAACUCUACAAGAGACUGAAGGAAUUUCUCAAGAAUUACCUUACAAAUCUGCUAAAGGAUGGAGAGGAUCUGAUGGAUGAGAGUGUUCUGAAGUUCUACACGCAGCAGUGGGAGGAUUACCGGUUCUCCAGUAAAGUACUCAACGGGAUCUGCGCUUACCUCAACCGCCACUGGGUGCGCAGGGAGUGUGACGAGGGCCGCAAAGGCAUCUAUGAAAUCUAUUCUCUGGCUUUGGUGACGUGGAGAGAAUGUUUGUUUCGGCCUUUGAAUAAGCAGGUCACAAAUGCAGUAUUGAAGCUGAUUGAGAAGGAAAGGAAUGGAGAAACCAUUAACACUAGGCUCAUCAGUGGAGUGGUUCAGUCCUAUGUUGAGUUGGGUCUUAAUGAGGAUGAUGCCUUUGCUAAAGGGCCGACUCUGUCUGUCUACAAGGAGUACUUUGAGACUCAGUUUCUGGCCGACACCGAACGCUUUUACACCAGGGAAAGCACAGAGUUCCUGCAACAGAAUCCUGUUACUGAGUACAUGAAAAAGGCUGAGGCUCGUCUUCUGGAGGAGCAGAGAAGGGUGCAGGUUUACCUCCAUGAAAGCACACAGGAUGAGCUGGCCAGAAAGUGUGAGCAGGUCCUCAUCGAGAAACACUUGGAGAUCUUCCACACAGAGUUCCAGAACCUUCUGGAUGCAGACAAAAAUGAAGAUCUCGGGCGGAUGUACAAUCUUGUGUCGCGGAUCACAGAUGGAUUAGGAGAACUCAAGAAGCUUCUUGAAACGCACAUUUAUAAUCAAGGCUUGGCGGCCAUCGAGAAAUGUGGGGAAUCUGCUCUCAAUGACCCCAAAAUGUAUGUCCAGACCAUUUUGGAUGUUCAUAAGAAGUAUAAUGCCUUGGUGAUGUCUGCCUUCAACAAUGAUGCUGGGUUUGUUGCUGCUCUUGACAAGGCUUGUGGACGCUUUAUUAAUAAUAAUGCUGUUACCAAGAUGGUCCAGUCCUCCAGCAAAUCUCCCGAACUGCUGGCCAGAUACUGCGACUCUUUGCUCAAGAAGAGCUCCAAGAACCCAGAGGAGGCAGAACUUGAAGACACUCUGAAUCAAGUGAUGGUAGUGUUCAAAUACAUCGAGGAUAAGGACGUGUUUCAGAAGUUUUAUGCAAAGAUGUUGGCCAAACGCCUGGUACAUCAGAACAGCGCGAGUGAUGACGCCGAGGCCAGCAUGAUCUCCAAACUAAAGCAAGCGUGUGGCUUUGAAUACACAUCGAAACUCCAGCGCAUGUUCCAGGACAUCGGAGUCAGCAAAGACCUCAAUGAACAGUUCAAGAAGCACCUCACAAACUCUGAGCCUCUAGACCUGGACUUCAGCAUUCAGGUGUUGAGCUCGGGUUCAUGGCCCUUCCAGCAGUCCUGCACUUUUGCUCUGCCAUCUGAGUUGGAGAGGAGCUACCAAAGGUUCACAGCCUUCUAUGCCAGCAGACACAGUGGCCGCAAGCUCACCUGGCUUUACCACCUGUCCAAAGGAGAGCUGGUCACCAACUGCUUCAAAAACCGCUACACCUUACAGGCAUCUACGUUCCAGAUGGCCAUUCUACUGCAGUACAACACAGAAGAUGUUUAUACAGUCCAGCAGCUGACGGACAGCACACAGAUCAAAAUAGACAUAUUGGUGCAGGUUUUGCAAAUAUUAUUAAAAUCCAAGUUGCUGGUUUUAGAGGAUGAGAACGCAAACGUGGAUGAAGUGGAAUUCAAACCCGACACCCUCAUAAAACUCUUCCUGGGCUAUAAAAAUAAAAAGCUGCGAGUGAACAUUAAUGUGCCAAUGAAGACGGAGCAGAAACAGGAACAGGAAACGACUCAUAAAAAUAUUGAGGAGGACAGGAAACUCCUGAUUCAGGCGGCCAUAGUGAGAAUCAUGAAGAUGAGGAAGGUUUUGAAGCAUCAACAGCUUCUGGCGGAGGUUUUGAACCAGCUCUCAUCCCGGUUCAAACCCAGAGUCCCCGUCAUCAAGAAGUGCAUUGACAUCCUCAUAGAGAAGGAGUAUCUGGAACGGGUGGAUGGAGAGAAAGACACCUACAGCUACUUGGCCUAAACAUUUCUUUGCUCCUCCAUGUCUUUACUGUCUGUCUCUCUCUCUCUCUCUCUCUCUCUCUCUCUCUCUCUCUCUCUCUCUCUCUCUCUCUCUCACUCAUUUUUUUUGUUUGUUUUUUUUAAGUUGUCUCUCGGGUAAUAAAUAUCAUUCCUCUUGAUGUUCGGCCUGUGUUGAUGGGAUUAUGAGAGUUUAAUAAGGACUAACAGAAGAGAGGAGUGUGUGCGCGUCAGUAACUUUACUGUUGCCCUGGAUGUGGACGGACUGCAUUUGAAAUGUACAUACAAGCGACGGAGACCUCGAGCUUUAAUCUCGCAAAAUAAAACAUCGCAGGUUUGGAAGAACCCAAUCAGAAACAAACACAUUAAGCAUGCUCUUGCCUAUCAGCAUUUAAAUGAAGAAGAUGAUGAAAAAAAGAACAAAGUUACACUGAAAUCGUAGCAACGAGGGAAAUGUUUUAAGAGGAGAAAGGAAAAAAUCAUAUAGGAAAAUAAACCGCGUGCAAUUUUAUCUGCACGUACCGGGAAUGAGCGAGUUGGACAGGUUUGUAGACGUGUUCUCUGCAUUGUUACCUGCUACCAGAAAACCAUUUGUAUAGUGUGGUUCACUUUUUUAAAUGUGUGUUAAAUAAAAGGAUUAAAAGUUUCUGUAUGU